GUGUAUGAUAAUUUUUUAAUAAAAAGUGGUAAGUUGGUAUAUAGAUUUAUUAUGUGGAGAGAGGGCAGAGGUAAGGGAUUUAUUUUCUUGGGUAGAAUGUUUUAUUUGGUAAGGCGAUAUUAAGUAAUAGAAAAAAAAAUUGAAUAAUAUAGAAUUAGCAAACAAUAUGGGAUGUAAAGGUUAUAGAACCCGGGUGUACUUGGAACAAUUUAGCAUGAAAUGGCGUCUAUACAUUAAAUUUAAUAUUAACCAUGGUUCGUAUACUAGCACUGCCUUGAAAUUGAUAGACAUGUUUGGGGUACUUAGACCUGCAGGCACGGGUAUAGGGAUGACAUAGCCAAGCAAAUACCAAUUUAAUAAUCACAAGGAAAGGGAAAUCCACAACAAUCAAAGUUGCCAACGUUUUAGAUGAAUUGAGAUCGGUUUUAAAGGGGAAGGAAGGUUAUUCGAUGAGUAUACCUUUAACCUUUCACGCAGCUGGGUUUAUUUAUGUUCUUCUAAGUUGAACCGGCUAUUUCCCAUUAGGAGAGGUGUGCAUCGUAUAUUCUGCAACUCACAUGGACACGCGAAACAGGAAAUAGGGAAAUAUCGGAUAUAAAUUUUAGUAACUGUUAAAG